UCCAUUUGCCAAAACGCCACCGCUUCGUGUUUGUUUUUCCGUUUGCAGCAGAAUUCGCGGCCUUCACCGCAUAUCCACCAGCCGACGCCUUACGACAGUGCAACACAAACCCUCCACGGACCCAGCCGUGGGCUAUUCAGCGUCAAGUUUAAACGACGCUCGGCGUCGGCCCGAGACUAAGAGCUUCCCCAACCUAAGCAGCGAAAGCCAUCUUCAGCUCCCUUGUGAUGGUUAUAAAGUGACGAUAUCGGCUCUAAAAAUUUCAUAAAUUUUCGGGUAUGCAAAACAAAACUAAUCCCGAUUUCCAAGAAUUUCAUCAUAAUAUUCUUUUCGCCUCCUCGCUUCAUCAUACGCCGACGCAGACUCAUUGCACAUCACAUUGCAUCAGCGGGCAUCUCUCCACUCUCCAUGACCCACGAUACUAAAUGAUUUAAAGUCCGUCCUGUCUUCCCCAGAGCUGAUACCACUGCUGCCCAUAUUUCUUGUACUUCUCCAUCCCUCUCCUCUUCUCAUCUCAUCUCCCUCUUUCCGGUCGCUCUUCGUCACUAUUGACCUUCGCAUAUUCGACACUCCCACGGAACCGAUCCCUCUCACCCCCCAAUUAUACACAAAAUGACUGUCAUCAGCAGAGAUAAGAAGUGGUGGAAGGAGGCUGUUGUCUACCAAAUCUACCCCGCCUCCUUCUGCGACUCCAAUGGAGACGGCGUGGGUGAUUUGCCUGGCAUUACCUCCAAGCUAGACUACAUUGCUUCUUUGGGCGUCGAUGUCAUCUGGAUCUGCCCCAUGUACGACAGCCCUCAGGUUGAUAUGGGCUAUGACAUUUCCAACUAUGAAGACAUUUACGCACCUUAUGGCACUCUCCAGGAUAUGGAGACGCUCAUCAAGGAGACUCAUGCGCGCGGCAUGAAGAUGAUGCUCGAUCUUGUCAUUAACCACACUUCCGACCAGCACGCCUGGUUCAAGGAGUCGAGAUCAAGCAAAGAAAACCCCAAGCGUGACUGGUACAUCUGGAAGCCCGCUCGCUACUCAGAGACCGGUGAGCGCCUACCCCCCAACAACUGGCGUAGCAACUUUGGUGUCGGCAGUGCUUGGGAGUGGGAUGAGACCACCCAAGAGUACUACCUCCACCUGUUCGCCACGGAGCAGCCAGAUCUCAACUGGGAGAACCCCGAGACGCGCGAUGCGAUUUACCAGUCUUCCAUGGAAUUCUGGCUGAAGCGCGGAGUCGACGGCUUCCGCGUCGACACCGUCAACAUGUACAGCAAGCCUCAAGACUACCCCGAUGCGCCUGUUGUCGACCCCAACACCUUUGCACAGCCCGCCGGCAUGAUUUACUGCAACGGCCCUCGCAUGCACGAAUUCCUCGGCGAAAUGAACGAUAUCCUUGCCAAGUACGGUGCCAUUACGGUUGGCGAGCUGCCCAACACCCCCGACACAGGCAAGGUCCUCCAAUACGUCAGCGCCGAGGCCAAGCAGCUCGACAUGGUCUUCCAGUUUGACAUUACUGAGCUUGGCCUCGGAACGACACACAGAUUCGAAACAGUCCCUCACAACUACACUCUCCCGCAGUUCAAGGGUGCCAUUGACGCCGUGCAGAAGCUCAUUCGUGGCACCGAUGCAUGGAUCACCGUCUUCUUUGAGAACCACGACCAGCCUCGCUCUGUCAGUCGUCUCGCCAACGACUCCGUCGAGAACCGCGUUGCCAGCGCCAAGCUGCUCGCUGUCUUGCAGGCCUGCCUCAGUGGUACACAAUACGUGUACCAGGGCCAGGAGAUUGGCUGCGUAAACGUCCCGAAGGAGGGCUACCCGCCCGAAAACUACCUCGACAUCGACAGCUCGCUCUUCUACAAGAUGAUGGUGGAGCGCCACGGCGAUAACAAGGAGGAGAUUGAAAAGGCAUUCACCGCCAUUCAGCAUCUUGCCCGCGACCACUCCCGCGUGCCUAUUGCCUGGAACGGCAACGCCAAGUUUGGCGGCUUCUCUGAGGCUGCCGAGAACGCCGGCAAGGAGGUCAAGGAGCCUUGGAUGAAGACGCACCCCUUUUCUGGCGAGAUCAACGUUGCCUCUCAGCUUACAGACAAGGAUAGCGUCCUGUCUUUCUGGAAGGACGCCAUCAAAUUCCGCAAGGAGAACGCUAACAUCACAGUCUACGCUGACUACCGAACGCUCCGCGAGAACGACCAGAAUGUGUACACCUUUGUCAAGGAGAACGCCAACGGCGUCGCCACGGCCUUUGUUGUGCUUAACUUUUCCACAGAGCCGCAAAGCUACGCUUCUCCUUCGAACGAGGAGCUUGGUCUCUCCAGAAGCCAGGAUGCCAAGUUGGCCCAAGUCCUUUCUACACAUGGCGGCAAGUCUGUCGGCGGCGCACUGGCCCCUCUUGAAGGAAAGGUGUACUUUGUAAACCCUUAAAUGUAUUUAUUGGCACCGGCUUGGUUUGCAUAAUGGUUAUGAACGGCUUGAUGAGUCCUCGGGUUUCAGGAAUACCUUUUGAUUAGAUGACAAAACAAGAUGAAUAAUAAUGCUAAACGUUAUAUAUGACCCUAUUCACGUACCUUGAUGCUUGUAGAAGAAGAAUCACAUCAAGAGCAAACGGCAUAUCUAUGUAUAAGUGUAUUUAAAGUCAACCUAUAGUGUGGUGAGUCUACCUAUAUAUAUUCGUAAAUCGAGCUGAGAACAAACCCAAUACACAGUCACAUCAUUUCAUAACGGUCAUUUCAACUCAUAGUGCACUCUGGCACGCCUAUCAUCGUUCUAGUGUCGACCACUAGCUCUGUUGGAGAGAAAGUUGAGACCCUGGCUCAGAAGCUUUUCCUUCAUGCCACCACCACCCUUGCCCUUGCUGCCGCUAUCUUUCCGGCUGCUUUUGCCACCAUCAUCCUUUCGCCCUUCUGGGCUUACCUCUCGCUUGCCACCUAUAAAGCCGUCCAUCAGCGCUGCACCGAGGGCCGCUGUGGCUACCUUGGCUCCUUUGGCGCCUAGCCAGUCGCCCUGAGCGUUGCGAUUGUUCAUGGCCGCCUGGGCACCUGCAGCAAAGGCCGUUCUUGCGCCGGCUUGAAUCAUCGGAUUCUGCCACCACUGGCCACCACCGCCGCCGCCGCCGGUAGCAGCACCCAGGACAGCACCUAAGCCUCCACCUUUGUUCUUUGUGCUGGCAGGCAUGGACUUGCGACGAGUUGCUCCACUGGACUUGGUUGCUUUUGCUGAUGUUCUACCUCUUGUAGGGGAAUUGUCGUGAGAGCGGUGGCGACGAGUCGGCUUGUCAUGGCUGCGGUCAGCGUCACCACGGUCUCUUCCGCGAGUUCGGUUGUCGUUGCUCCGGUGCUUUUCGUAAGCAGGUGGAGGGCUGCGAGCCUUGUGUCGUGGCUCGUCGUGUCUGCUACGUCCACCGCCGCGACGCUCGUCAUAGUCAUCGUACUUUCGCGGCCGACGGUCGUAGUCGUCCUGCGUAUGCCGUCUGCCAGAUUCCCGAGUUGUGUGUCCGCGACGCGGCUCAGUGGUAUAGCUAGGAGGGCUUCGGGCAUGGCGACGGUCGUCUCCGUGGCGCCUGGAACGAGGAUCUGAGUGAUAAUCGGGACUUGGGCGCCGACGGUGUUUUUCGGACUUGUGUCGGCGAGGAGGAGGGCCUGGAGACAUGCGCCGCGGUUCGCGACCAUAGUCUGUGUAGAAGUCGUCGUAUCUGGGACCGCGGUCCCUAUGACGAGGUGGUGAGGCAAACAUGGCUAGGUGCUUGCUGUCUGUUGAUUCUGUACUAUCAACAGUGUUGGAACACGAGGGAGAGAGAGAGAAAGAGUUGAAGAUGGGAGAGACGCAAAGAAUAAGAACGAAGAAGAAGGAUGCGGGGGGUUGUCGCAAGAAAUAUUAUUAGCAGGGAUGCCCGCAAGGAAAAGAUGGAUCGCCAAGGAAAAUCGGAGAGAAUGUAACCUCGCAGGAAUAGGGCGGGAUCUGCGGGAAGAGUCGGCGGAUGGGGAGGGAGGGAGCUAACGCCAAGAUAUACUCGCGUUGGUCUGGCGCACCACAGGCAGCCGUAGAGUCAUGAGCCUGAAGCUGGUGUUUUGUUUUUAGCUGGUCAGGGAUUCUGUAAGGCGGUCAGGCCGCUCUAUUUAGCAAGACUUGUGGCUUGGAGAAUGAUGGUAGUGAGACCCGAGGCAUAAGAUGCUUAGACGAGCAGGCGGUACGAGUCACCGCUCUUAUUGUAUUCUCGCUGAUUCUAGAGGCAGCCACAGGACCGAUGCAGUUGAUUUGCGCCUCUUUUUGCUAUUUCUUGUUUUGUCUUUGGCAGCACCAAAAGGGUAAAAUCGCGGCUUAAGCAGAAAACCCAAGUAGGCAGACGACGCAUGAGACACGGAGGCCGCCUGACGUCAUGGCGACCAAUCAGAGGGCGGCCGCCUGGUGCUGCGCUGUGACCUGUCCAUGUCGCCUGACGUCAAGGAUGCUGUAGGCUGUUGGUUGUGUGGUGAUUUGGUUGAGAAGACCAUUGAAAAGGGUGAGAAUAUGAAUAGAAAUGAAGCCAAUAAGAAAUGGUGUUUGUAAAAUAUGGAAUGCGAAAUACACACCAUUUAAACCUUGGCCAGUGGAGGGGAGGACGGGCGGGAAGCGGGAGCUAAUGGCUAACAACGGGGAAUACGGCUUGAUCUCAGCCGUCCAGGCCGUGAGAGGAAGUUGAAAGGCGAUCAAGGUAUUCGCAGCAAUCAGCAACAUUUUCCGCGUUACUGAUCAUAUUUUCAACAAAAUUAAAAGCGCCGUUGGGCAGUGUUGUACCCAAUAUGGUAGACUGUCCAAUAUACAGCAGAAGCACAGACAGUUGAAGACGUUCAAAGCAACUGCUCACAAAGAGCUACGUCGCACACAAAAAAAAUAGUCUUCACAGAAUUCUGCCGCAAGUCAAGUGAAUCGAAUACUUACACUCUGUCUUUUCCCGCAAAGUAUGGGCCGUGCCGAGCUGUGUCACCACUCGACAUCCUGGGCCUGUCACUCUGCAGACCCCCCUACCAACACUUAUAUUCAACACAGGAACACGAUACGCGGCAUCUCCUUUUCCACUUCUGCCGUCGGCCGCGGUUAUCGUACUCACUGUGCCGGUUACUUCAAGUGUUGGGGCGAAAAUGGAGCCAAAGCCGUUGAGAAUACCAGCAGUAGAAGUAACAAAAAGGCUCUGUAUUAUGACACGGAAUAUGCGGUUCUCCAAGUUCGCUCUUGAAACUCUGAAGCAAACUGCAGGAAUACGGACCUGCAGCCAAGUAGGAGGACGACAGCGGCGAUG